GCUGCAGAAACGUACUCAGCUCAUGCCAAACGACACCGUUGUUAGAUUGUUCUAUUGGCAAGGGCAGACUCCACUCUGUAAUGAAGUGCUUGGAGCUUCUCUGGCUAUGCUUUCCAGCAAAAUUGACAGAAGGGAAACCCUCGAGCAUUUUCUGACAUUCACCUUGCGUAAAUACAUAUUCUCGAUUAUAGAAAUAGAAUGCCAUCGGGAUUAUCAUGAGGGCACUGAGGGGACUUUCUUUCGCGUUACUCUGAAGAACAGUUGAACAGAAGGAGCUUCGGGUUUUUCUGGUUAGAUUCAAAUUCUAAUUGAUCUGGUAAAAGGAAUCAUCCAUGGCAAAUGGGUUUCUCUUUUGGGUUUUGCUUACACCUUUGAUACCGUUAGUUUUGAGCUUCUUUUCACGUAUAAUCGUUGCGAGAAAGAACAGGAAAAGAGCAGUUGGCUUUUUCCAUCCUUACACUAAUGAUGGUGGUGGUGGAGAGAGAGUUUUAUGGUGUGCCGUCAAAGCCAUCCAAGAAGAGAAUCCCGCCCUUGACUGCGUUGUCUACACAGGCGAUCAUGAUGCUACUCCUAGUAGUUUGACGAGUCGUGCCGUAGAUCGUUUUGGGGUCAAGCUCCUUUUCCCUCCUAAGGUGGUUCAUCUGUACAGAAGGAAAUGGAUUGAAGAGACUACUUAUCCUCACUUCACUAUGAUUGGGCAAAGUUUUGGUUCAAUCUAUCUUUCGUGGGAAGCAUUAUGCAAGUUUAAUCCUUUAUAUUAUUUUGACACUUCUGGAUAUGCGUUUACAUAUCCUCUUGCUCGAUUAUUUGGAUGCAAGGUCAUUUGCUAUGCCCAUUAUCCUACAAUCAGUUUAGAUAUGAUAUCUCGUGUACGUGAAAGGAGCUCUAUGUAUAAUAAUAAUGCCUUCAUCACUCAGAGCAAAUGGUUAUCCCACAGCAAAAUAAUCUAUUACAGAAUUUUUAGCUGGAUGUAUGGGGCUGUUGGCUCCUGUGCACAUCUUGCGAUGGUUAACUCUUCAUGGACUAAGUCCCAUAUUGAGAAGCUUUGGAGAAUCCUUGACCAAAUUAAGCGAGUCUAUCCUCCCUGUGAUACUUCAGGACUUCAGGUACUUCCUCUUGAAAGGCCAGUGGAUACUCCAAAAAUAAUAUCUGUUGCUCAAUUUCGUCCAGAGAAGGCCCAUAUGCUUCAGCUUGAGGCUUUUUCAGUUGUCAUCAGUAAGUUAGGUGAAGACUUUCCCAGACCCAAGCUCCAGUUUGUUGGUAGUUGUCGAAAUAAAUCAGAUGAAGAAAGAUUGCAGAAGUUGAAAGACAAGGCAGUUGAACUGAAGGUGGCUGGGGAUGUGGAAUUCUUUAAGAACGUGAUGUACAGUGACCUGGUGAGGUUAUUGGGAGGUGCUGUUGCUGGAAUCCACUCAAUGAUAGAUGAGCACUUCGGCAUUUGUGUUGUUGAGUAUAUGGCUGCUGGUGCCAUCCCAAUUGCUCAUAACUCUGCCGGCCCAAAAAUGGAUAUCGUUUUAGAAGAAGAUGGAGAACAAACUGGGUUUCUUGCUCAGACUGUGGAAGAAUAUGCAGAUGCCAUCCUACAAAUCAUAAGGUUGCCUGAAACAAAGCGACUUAAAAUGGCUGAUGCUGCAAGGAGACGAGCUGCCAAAUUUUCGGAGCAAAGAUUUUUCAAAGAUUUCAAAGAUGCUGUCAGACCAGUCUUCUCCCAUGGUUCCAGACGCUGAGAAGGCCAUAGUUGUACCAACAUAUUCUAACUUAGAGCAGAGGAUAUAUAUUUUUUUGAAAUACAGAGCAGAGGACAAUUAAAUUUGAUUUUCUUUUCUUCUUUCUUAUCUCUACUGUAACUGAAAAUGUUGACAAAGAAUUUCAAUAACAAGUUCAGCUCCUUGAGGUAA